GCCCUGAGCCAAUUUCUCGGCUCGUGGCGGGCGCGCGGAGGCCGCGCCGCGGUCCGUUUGUCCGUCCUUCCCUCUGACUGUCUCCUGCCCCCACUGCCUGUCUCUGCAGAGGUCACCGGAGGCGGGGGGCCGAGCACGCGCGCGGCCCCAGUGGCAGCGGGAGCGGCAGCUGCGGCUUCGCUGAGCCCCCGAACCCCCAAGGGCAAGAGGAGCGCGUGGCGGACCAAAGAGAGCCCGCGAGCGGCCGUGCGCCCACCAAUAGGUGCGGGGCUCGGAGCCGCCCAGCCUGCGCGGCCCCUCCCUCCGCCCCCGCCGCCGCCUCCCCCUCCUCCCGCUCCUGCCUCUGCCCCUCCGGCGCGCGUCUGGCACUCGGAGAGCCGCAGCGGCAGCGGCGGGUGCAGCUUGCGGAGAGCCGGGCCGGGGCCGCCGACCAGCAGCCGGGGAGGACGCCGGGGCGCGCGCCGCACUCACCCACCCUCAGCCCCCGCGGCAGCCGCUGACCCGCCACCAUGGCCCGCGGAAAAGCCAAGGAGGAGGGCAGCUGGAAGAAAUUCAUCUGGAACUCGGAGAAGAAGGAGUUUCUGGGCAGGACCGGCGGCAGCUGGUUUAAGAUCCUUCUGUUCUACGUGAUCUUUUAUGGCUGCCUGGCUGGCAUCUUCAUCGGAACCAUCCAAGUGAUGCUGCUUACCAUCAGCGAGUUCCAGCCCACAUACCAGGACCGGGUGGCCCCCCCAGGAUUAACACAGAUUCCUCAGAUCCAAAAGACUGAAAUUUCCUUUCGCCCGAACGACCCCAAGAGCUAUGAGGCAUAUGUGCUCAACAUAGUUAGGUUCCUGGAGAAGUACAAAGAUUCAGCCCAGAAGGAUGAAAUGAUUUUUGAAGAUUGUGGCAAUGUGCCCAGCGAAAUCAAGGAACGGGGAGAAUUCAACAACGAACGGGGAGAGCGGAAAGUGUGCAGGUUCAAGCUCGAGUGGUUGGGAAAUUGCUCCGGAAUAAACGAUGAGACUUACGGCUACAAAGAGGGCAAACCGUGUGUCCUCAUAAAGCUCAACCGAGUUCUGGGCUUCAAACCUAAGCCUCCCAAGAAUGAGUCGUCGGAGGCGUACCCAGUGAUGAAGUAUAAUCCCUACGUCCUGCCCGUCCAGUGCACCGGCAAGCGAGACGAAGACAAGGACAGAGUCGGGAACGUGGAGUACUUCGGCCUGGGCGGCUACGCCGGCUUCCCCCUGCAGUACUACCCCUACUACGGCAAGCUGCUGCAGCCCAAGUACCUGCAGCCGCUGCUGGCCGUGCAGUUCACCAACCUGACCAUGGACGCUGAGAUCCGCAUCGAGUGCAAGGCGUUCGGUGAGAACAUCGGGUACAGCGAGAAGGACCGUUUCCAGGGACGCUUUGACGUAAAGAUUGAAGUUAAGAGCUGAUCGCGAGCACAGAUCCUUCCCACUAGCCAUUUAAAACAGUUAAAGAUACAAAAGCAAACACCUACUAGUCUUGAAUAAACUGUCAUACGUAUGGGACCUACACUUAAUCUCUCUGCUUUACACUAGCUUUCUGCAUUUAAUAGGUUAGAAUGUAAAUUUAAAGUGUAGCAAUAGCAACAAAAUAUUUAUUCUACUGUAAAUGACAAAAGGAGAAUAAAAAUUGAGCCUUGGGACGUGCCCAUUUUUACUGUAAAUUAUGAUUCCAUUACUGACCCGUAGUAAGCAGUGUUUCUGGCCCCUAAGUAUUGCCGCCUCGUGUGUUUGAUUUCGUGUACGGUACCAUAGGUGCACCUGGUCGUUUUUCAAGCCAUGUUUUCUCGUAUCUGUUUUCUACUUUCUGUGAGCGAGGUUUGCCGUCCACGGUGUAAAUACUCAACGGGAAUAAAACUGGCAUGGUACUUUUUUUUUCUUUGUUCUUUGGGGUUUGGCUCUUUCGGAGGCAACGGCCCAUCGGUGAGCAUUUUUAACACACUCCAUACAUAGUCUCUCUCCCUGUGGUGUCGGGUCUUUUUCUUUCUUUGUGUUCUGUUUCUGUUUUCCCGGGGCUGGGGGUGGGGGGGGGGGGGGCUGUCGUGGGGGAACUGCCCUUGAAAUUUUAAGUGACGCUACAGAAAACACGAAACGGUGAUGGGUUGUGUCGUGCUUUGUCCCGAAUGCCGUCUUGCCGUUCUCCCCUUGUCCUCCAGUGUGUUCUGAAGCCGCGUAUGAGACCUGGAUCGCCUGUCGCUUUGGCAAAGUGACAGGACUCGUUCAUUCGCUUUGGACAUUUUCUCUUACUUUCCUUUUUUCCUUUCUCUGGAGGCAUCACACGCUGGUGCUGUGUCUUUAUGAAUGUUUUAACCAUUUUCAUGGUGGAAGAAUUUUAUAUUUAUGCAGUUGUACAAUUUUAUUUUUUUCUGCAAGAAAAAGUGUAAUGUAUGAAAUAAACCAAAGUCACUUGUUUGAAAAUAAAUCUUUAUUUUGGACUUUAUAAAAAGCAAUGCAGUACCCCAUAGACCGGUGUUAAAUGUUGUCUACAGUGCAAAAUCCAUGUUCAAACAUCUAUAAUAAUCGCCAGGAGUACAGUGUUGAUCUUGUAUUCAGUCAGGUUAAAACAAUGGACAAUAAAAGAAUGAACACGUUC